AUGGCUGCGCCAAUACCCGCAGCAUCAUUAGCAUCACCAACAAACCAUGGAUUACAUAAAUCUCUAGCCAAGGCUGUGCCUUUGACAUGUACUGGGCACUCACGACCCGUCACACACUUGAACUUUUCAGGUAUCUUGAAUAAAAACCCCGGGCCGACUGAGUUAAGUAAGGAUCUAGUAGAUCCAAGAUACUUGAUUAUAUCUGCAUGCAAAGACGGAAACCCAAUGCUAAGAAACGGUGUCACCGGAGAUUGGAUUGGCACUUAUUUUGGACACACGGGUGCGAUAUGGUGCACGCGCCUGAGUCGUGAUGGAGCAAUAGCCACCUCUUGCGGUGCAGACUUUCUCGUCAACGUCUGGAACGCAAAGACUGGAGACCUGGCCGCUUCGCUACCUCACAAUUCUAUUGUGAGGAGCUGUGACUUGUUCCCAGGCGUUUCUGCAGCUACAAGACAAUUGCGGCUUGUUUCAGGAUCCCAAGAUUCAACUGUGCGCAUUUGGGAUGUGGGCACCCAGACGAUUGAAGUGGAAUGGUCUGUGAGCAAACCAUCGGAUGAGUCUUCUGAAAACCCCACAAAACUUCCAAUCCGUUCUGUUUUGUGGAUCCGUGAAGACAUUGUAGUGACGGUGACUUUUGAAGGACUUGUUACCUGGUGGCGGCUAGGGCCUUUGAGGACAAGUGCUCCGGAGCGAGUGCGCGAGAUGGAUCUCCAUGGAACCACACGACAGGUGGAAUAUAAUGACGUUCAUAAUCUGCUUAUUAUUGCGGCAGACAAAACGGGCCACUUUAUAAAUGCGUCUUCGGGUGAAACAGUCAAGCAGUUUUCCGCGGACUACCGAGUGUCGGCGCUGUGCGUUGACGUAGAAAAAAAGUGGAUAGUGGCCAGCAGUGCCGAUGAGCUGUGGGUUCAUGUGUACGCCUACAGCAGCGAAGAGUUGCUCGAGACAUUACGGGGUCACCAUGGACCCGUUCAUACGGCUCUUUUUUCACCGGAUAACGCUGUUUUGGCGACGGGUAGCGAGGACGGCACAAUUAGGAUUUGGAAAAUGGUUUUAGGUCCAUAUGGUUUAUGGAGGUCGUAA